UCAAAAUCCGUGAACUUCCGUUCUGAAACUGGUGUUUUAGUGUUUCCGACAGUAAGUACCAUCCAGUCGCCAGAAGAUAACACCCUCAGAGCAUAAAUUGACACCAUUUCCCGACUGCUUCUUUUGUGGUGAUCCCAUCGCUCGGUUGAAGUGAAAACGUUUGCAAUCGUCGAAAAAUGGCCUCAUCGUUGAAUCGAAUUUUCACCAGAAAAAUCAGCUCCGCCUCGUACGAAAUGGACCAGGAGGACGAUUUCUGCGGAUUCAGUAGCGGAAGCGAAACGGAAACCAUUUCCGAGCGGGACAGUGGCGAAGAUGAUGAGUCGUCGAUUUCCGAGAGGAGGAACAAAAGAGGUGGCGUAGCACCAGGAAAGGCCAAUGGGAAACUGGAGCGGAAUCCAACCCGCCGACCGAAUCCGAAGAUUUCCAACCGGAAUGCACUGUUGGCCCGGGAGAACCGUCGCCGCAAGAAGGAGCAUGUGGAGAGCUUGGAGCGGGAAUUGGAAGAGCUCAAGGAUUGCAACGGGAAGAUCCGGAAGGCGCUGAAGAAAAAGUCCAAGCUGGUGCAGGAAUUGACCCGGGAGAGGAACUAUCUGAAGAGCGUGAUUGCGAAUAGGACCGGGAUAAUGGCGGUGUUGAAAUCGGUUCAGCGAGCGGGAUUCCCGAUGACAUCUUCCGGAUUGAGUUACGUGACGGAACCGAUGGGGGGAAAGCCACAGAGAAUCGGAAGUAGCAGCGAUGAAGGGCUGGGAUCUUCGCCACAUUCGGCCCUGACGGACGAGGAGGACAAAUUCAACCCACACGAUCUAGGUUUGUCUGCGCUGUCCGGGCAGGAAGUGUCGUCCUUCGAGGAGGAGUUCAGCCGGCUCCCGGAUGUGGACGAGUUGCUGUCGACGAUGGCCGGAGGGGACCGAUCCCGGGGAGAACAAGUAAUUACCACAGAGCAUAACUAUUUCGAACACAGUAAUCACAACUCGUUGGAAUCAGGUUCUGCGUCAGGAUCAGGAGUGUGCGUCCACAUUGUUCCGGGAGGACGCGUCUCCGUGGAGUUUUGCGCUUCCUGUGCGCUAAGCUCCCAGCGGGCGUGGCUCGAGGAAGCCGAGGAACGAUGAACAGGUUUAAGUAGAAUGUCGGUAUCACUAUUAUUAUAUUAGUAAUUUAAGACACAAUCUCUCACACAGUGUUGUAACAUAAGGAUGUGCUACUUAGGGGUCCGGGACAGGUCCGACCAGUUUCCAUUCUUUCUUAAGUUUUGCUUCAGGCAAAAGAUUCCAUUGAAUUCCUUACAUCCAUCUCCUACUGAUUUGCAUCUCAAUAGAAACAAACGACCAGUCAGGGAAUAUAUUUACCCAUUAGAAAAGAGUCCAAACAAGUUGGAGUAAUGACAUAUAGAAUAAAAGCACAACACGACUACCCUUGCUCUCAAGUGAAACGGGAAAAAUCACGUUACUAGUUAAUGUAUGUGUUGCAAUUUCAGCUGGCGCGAAAAUAAUGACAGAGAAGCGCAUCGCAGCGAAGAGAGGGAGCCAAUGUUUGCAUCAAACCAACGUUUCAUCCGCUUUUGGCGCGCUUCUGGAAAAGCAGCCUGCAGCAUUGAUCUACGUGCAUCAAUCAACUCCUGGACCCUCACUUCAAGAUCCUUUGUGUCUCUCCUCUGUUUGGUCCCCCUUAAAGAAUGUAUCGAACCAAUUAUCUUUCGUAGUCGCUGUCUUCCGACAACGAAAGGGUCGCAGCUCGACCGGACGGAGUGGUGAAAUGAGAAUGUCCCGAAAAAAAAAACGAACUGGAGGACAACUCAUUCCACCCGGGGAUCGUUCAGUUGAGUUACGGCUUGUCGCUCGUCCCCCUUUGAAACACGUUGCUCUCAUGUCGUUUUCUCUGUGAUUGAAACAUGUUCUUUCAGACCGUUAAGUGCACGAUGGCGACGCCUCUAGGGAAGCGAUUUGACCUACGCAGCUGUGCCCUCACAAUCCGGUAGGUAUUCUAUUGCCAUUCACUCCAACUUGUCACUCGAAUGUUGUUGAAUUUCUGUUAUAUUAAUGCGUUUGUAUCCCUUCAUGAAACAAUAUCACCAAAACACAACCGAUUUGAAUUGUACAUGUACCUACCUACCUUAAUCUCAUCAUCAUUAGGGCGAGAGAUAAAAACAAAGUCAUAAUGUUAUGUUUCCUAAAAUAUGUUGUAUAUGAAGUAAGUAAUCGCGGAUAGAAGUGCGCCGUGCAUUUUAGAGGUAAGAUUUACAGCUAGGCGGUUAAGUGAAGGUAAAUCUAUUUAAAUCACUUAUUUAACCAGUAAUAAAGAACUUAACAUAAAGUACUAUUUUAAACAUA